CAGCAUCGCUACCUCACGCUAUGGCGGCGCAUCAGCUCGCAGUCGCAAAAGCGUCGCUCGCGAGCGGCUUGCUUCGCGCUGAUCCGACGUCUCUAUCGCAGCAUGACAUUGCGCAAUUCCACUUGCUGCUCGAUGCAGCCAUCCAACAGUGCUCGCCCUCGAAUGUCCAGAAAGUCAAGGAGUGGCUUGUCAAGAAUACCCUGCCUUCUCCAAAGCGGAUAGCACAGCUGGGAAAGUAUUUGGCAGUGCUGGCUCAGAGCUUCGCAAAUGCCGAAAACACGGCGCCUCAAAAGCGCGUGAAGCGCGCCGGUCCCUCGAACAAGAGAAAAGGAAUCCAUCUACUGUAUAUUGUCACGGACCUGCAUCACCACACCAAGAACCACGCCGCUGGUUUUUCGGUCCACAGCAGGCUCGUCAGCAGCCUUCAACCGCACCUCGAGGACGUAGUGCGCGCCGUUGCCUCGACCGGCUUCGGCCGGAAUGUCAAGCUACAUAAAAGUAUCAGAGAUCUCCUGGCCCUAUUCGAGAAGCGCGGCUUCUACAAGGCUAUCGAGCUUGGAAAACUCCACAAGGCUGUCGAUGACGCGGACCCGACAGCUUCCACCACAACCAACGAUACACAGGUGCGUCCAAAAGACGUACCGUACGUGCUUCCAGCCACGCACGGUGAUCCAUCUGACCCUUGGUAUGAAUUGCCUGCCGCAAACAUGCUGCCACACAUGGUCCCGAACGACCGAAGACCCAUUCCUACCCGCCAAAUGAAGGCGAUGCGACUCGAUGGAGGACCAGCCGAUUCAGCUCUCAUCAAUGCUGUGAAAGAUUUGAUCAGCUGGUCAGAGGAUCUCUACAAUGACGACGAAAAUGUGGUGGCAGACAUGGACAUGAUGGGUCAGCCACUGGUGCGCGACGAAGUCACUGGCGAACUCAACGUAGCGGAAAACUAUUACGGAUGGUCCGUAGAGUUCUGUGAGCGGAUGAAGAAGAGAAUGAAAGAGGGCCCUCCAAACUCGAAUGACAAAGUACCA